AAUUGAUUUGGUUUCCCCAAUUUCAGAAAUCUUUUCUUCGUCACUCUUUUCCUUCUUGGCUUCUUCUUCCCAUUGCAUAUUGUUGUUGGUUCCCAAGUCCCAACCGCUUCAAAUUAGGUCGCGAAAGAUCUCAAUUAUUCACAAUUCAAUCUUUUCUUCAAUCGAUCUUCGUUUCAGGCUAAUAAGCUAGGAAGAGUUUAGUGAAGUGAGGAUGCAGAAUCAGAAUGAUAUGGUGAAGGAUGAAGCGGAAGUAGCUGCAUCGAUUUCGGCAAUUAAGGGUGAAGAAUGGGGUAAUUGUUCAUCACUGGAACAACCAUCUUUUCAAGAAGAUGAAUCUGCUAAAGUUCCUUAUGUUGGUGAUAAGGAACCUCUCUCUAGUUUAGCUGCAGAGUACCAAUCAGGGAGUCCCAUUUUGCUCGAGAAGAUAAAGAUACUGGACAGUCAAUAUAUCGCAAUCCGGCGAACAAGAGGCGAUGGAAAUUGCUUCUUCCGAAGUUUUAUGUUCUCUUACCUUGAGCAUAUUUUGGAAUCACAAGAUCGUGCUGAAGUCGAUCGUAUCAAGGUCAAUGUUGAGAAAUGUAGAAAGACUCUGCAAAACUUAGGUUAUACAGAUUUUACAUUUGAGGACUUCUUUGCGCUGUUCCUUGAGCAACUAGAUGACAUUCUCCAAGGAACUGAGGAGUCUAUAAGCUACGAUGAGCUGGUUAACAGGAGUAGAGAUCAGUCAGUCUCAGACUACAUUGUAAUGUUCUUUAGGUUUGUUACUGCUGGGGAUAUACGAACUCGUGCAGAUUUUUUCGAGCCCUUUAUAACAGGCUUAUCAAAUACAACAGUGGAUCAGUUUUGCAAGUCCUCGGUCGAACCAAUGGGGGAAGAGAGUGACCAUAUUCACAUAACUGCUUUGUCGGAUGCGCUCGGUGUUGCAAUCCGGGUUGUAUAUCUUGACCGUAGCUCAUGUGAUAAUGGAGGCGUCACUGUGAAUCAUCAUGACUUUGUUCCUGUGGGCACUACGAAUGAGAAAGAAGAAGCUUCUGCUCCAUUUAUAACCUUGCUGUAUCGUCCAGGCCAUUACGAUAUCCUCUACCCCAAGCCAUCUUGUAAGGUAUCAGACAAUGUGGGGGAAUGAUCAUUUGACAUAUCCUAAAACCCCAUUAGGAGCUGUUUACAAAAACUGUGGUAAUGUGGAUUCAUGUGGAUGAAACCAUGGAACAAUCAACAAUUACAUCAUCU